UCAUCUGGGAAAGCCUUGGCGAUUGGAUCAAGAUCAAUGCGAUACUUGAGAAACAAGGCAAAUGUAUUCCUUUUCGAUUAAUGGCCGGGCCCAGCCCAACUGAAUUCUAAUUGGAGUUGGUUGUUGAUUUGGAGUGUAACUAUUCUAUUUUGAGUUGAUAUCGAUUUGUUUGUUUCGUGAUAUAUAUCUAUAAAUAUAUGGCGCAAGGACUUGUUAAUUUUGUGCUAAUUUCUUGAUUCUACUAGUUGUGCUUCAGCAGUUUUUGAUCUAAGCUAUGAAGAUUUUGAAAGAUGAGAUGGAGGAACAAGAGGAUGAUGAUGAUACUGAUGAGAGAAAAGAGAUUGAAGAUAAGACCAUGUUGGAGACUAAGAUGGCCCUGGAGAAAAUUGUGAAUGCUAGGUUGAGUAGAAUAUCGUCGGCCACAAAAUCAUGUAUCAAGUACAAACCUUCACAGCGGUGUUCUUCUGCUUUUAAUUCUGGUGCAAAGGAAAGGAUUAUUAGGAUGGUUGAGAUGCCAGUGGACCAGCUGGAGCCACCAAAGUUGAAGCACAAGAGGAGGGUUCCUAAGGCUAAUGGUUCUUCACCCCCUGUGCCCGUUAUGCAAUCUCCGCCUCGCCCUGUCACUGUUAAGGAUCAGCAGGAUUGGAAAAUCCCACCAUGUGUAUCUAAUUGGAAGAAUUCAAAAGGUUAUAUGAUUCCACUUGAUAAGCGUCUGGCAGCAGAUGAUGGUAGAGGUGUUGAGGAGGUUCAGAUUAAUGACAACUUUGCAAAGCUCUCAGAAGCUCUGUAUGUGUCAGAACAGAAGGCAAGAGAGGGUGUUGCUAUGCGAUCAAAGGUUCAAAAGGAAAUGAUGUUGAGAGACAAGGAGAAGAAGGAACAAGAAUUGAGAAAACUAGCUCAAAUAGCUAGAUCAGAAAGAACUAGUGCUGCUGCUGCCGAUAAGUGUAUGGUGGAUGUUGAUGACAUGAGAGGCCGAGACAAUGAUAAUGGCAGAGAGAGGGGUGCAGCAAGGGAGACAAAGGAGGAAAGAGAAGAUAGACUGAGGAGAGAGAAGAUCCGCGAGGAGAGGCGCUGUGAGAGGGAAAUAGAGAGAAGAUUGGAAGCAAAGGAUGCUGCAAUGGGGAAGAAAAGUAAGAUUACCAGAGACAGAGAUCGUGAUGUCAGUGAAAAGGUUGCACUUGGAAUGGCGACUACUGGAGGAGCACGAGGUGGUCAAGUCAUGUAUGAUACACGAUUGUUCAACCAAGACAAGGGCAUGGCCUCAGGCUUUGGAACUGGUGACCAGUACUACAACGUGUAUGACAAGGGGUUGUUCACUGCCCAGAAUACUCUUUCAACUCUUUACAGGCCAAAGAAAGAUGCAGAUGCUGAUACAUAUGGCGGUGAAGAUCAUGAGCAGCUAGACAAGAUAAUGAAGACUAAUAGAUUCAAACCUGACAAGUCAUUUACCGGUACAUCUGACAAAACUGGCCCAAGGGACAGGCCUGUUGAAUUUGACAAGGAACCAGAAGAAGCUGAUGAUCCAUUUGGUCUGGAUCAGUUUUCGACCCAGGUCAAGAAGGGUAAGAAGGCCUUGGACAAGGUUGGAGGCAGCGGUACAAUGCAAGCUAGGGCUGGAUCUUCUAUGCGAGAUGGCAAUGAAGGUGGUCGCAGUAGAGUUGGCUUUGAAAAAGGUCAGCACUAGAAUUUGCUUUCUCACUUGCAUAUGUAAAAUAAACUUGUUUUCCUUUCUUAAAUUAUGUUUGAACUUAUAGCUGCUUUCCUAGGAUAUUAUGAAACAUUAUGCAAGAUAUAAUCAAUCAGAUUCAUCGA